UCACGCGGCGGUAUAAAAGACACCCGACUGAACUUCUCUCACUCGGUCGAUGUUCUGCUGCGCUGCGGGACGCAUGAGGACGAGUGAACUUAUCCUAUUUAUGUAAACUCAUUUCAGCUGGAAGUGAAAGGAGAUUCGGAUCUCAGCGUUUUACUAUCGUUCUGGUUGUCCUUGGAGCUGUGGCAAAUGAAAACAAGCUCACCUAUUCUGCAUAAUGAUCAAGCGCGAAUGUGCAAUUCUGUCUAAGGACGUCUUAAAUGAUUCACUCCCGAAAUGUUUGAUGAGAUUACAGGCAGGCAGAUUGUGUCUUCAGCCAUGUGCUCUUUACUGUCUAUCUAUAAAUCAAAUCCAAACCAUAGGGAGGGAGAAAUGUAGCCACUCAAAACGUCCCCUCUCUUCCUUUGAUGACAGAUGUGUUGGUGAGGGAGAGCUGGAUAUUUGAUAUGAGGACAGAUUUACUCCACUACUCCAUGAAUUUGACUUCAUUACUUCUGUAUCUGCUGAUAAUUUUGACAAGACAGAUCAAGAGUCAAUCAGUAUGCAGCAAAGAGAGCGUGGAGAUAGUGAUAAAGAUCACAGAGGAGCUGAGCCAAGUGAAAAAUGAUAGCAUGCUGUACACACCAUCUCUAGCAGAUUAUGAGCAGAACUGCUCCAGGUCCACGCUUGCGUGCUUUGCAUUGGAAGUGAAGGUUUUGUUUUUUGAAAUCCAGAGUGUGGCCGAAUCUCUGUCUCGGGACCUAUCAAGGAUCCUCAAGACCAUGAAAUAUAAGUUGCAGGACAAAAUGAAGCCAUGUCCAGACUGUGAGUUCUAUCAAGAACAAAGUUUCGAAACUUUUAUGGAAACCUUAAAAACUGUUUUACAACUGAUGAAUGCUGAUUGUGCUUCAAAGAAGAAUAAGAGACCUUUAGAGAACACUAUGAAAAUCAAAAAAACAUUAAAAACAUGAUCUGAAGGAGCAGAUUCCUGUGGAUUCCUGAAGCAGUUCUGGAGAAGUUUCUGAAUGGCAAAACAGACACCAUGUACUAAGCUACAGUACCUACAGUAUGUAUCCAUCUGUACAUGAACAUCCAAAUAUAUAUUUUCUUAAAUUACUUUUAUGGAAUAUUUGUUACAAUACUAUGUUUUGACAGCAAACUUAACCCAUGCCAUGACCACUUUCCUAUAAAUUAUAGCUGUGUAGCAAAUAAUAAAAGUAUAAUACAAGAAUUGCUGUUGUAUAUAUCAUCUGACAUAUUGAUUAUAAUAGUGUAAUGUAUCUGGAAUGAAGAUUUAACUAGUCAAUGGAACCAAAGUCAUGAGCCUGGGCCAAAAUAGAUAAAUAAAUGUGAUAAGACAAGUUCACUGAACCAAUGUUUGAUUUAUUAAAUUGACAAUAAUAGGUGUUACACAUUUGGCUUCAUUUACUGACUGUUGCAAUAUUGGCAAAUAAAGUUAUACUUGCUCCCUGCUGUGUAACUUUGGAAAGGAAACACAUCUGAUGCAUUUGAUAAAAGCUCAUCCAAAACCAGUUGCUAUAACUGUGCUCUGCUUACAACAUUGACAAGCCUGUCCUUUUAUUUGGUUAGGGUUUUUAUCCUAUG